CGGACCGCGGCGCCGGCGGCUGCAGGAGGCCGGCGGGCGGCGCGAAGGAAGGCCAGCAGCAAGGCUCCCGGGCUGGGAGCAAGCGGGAAGCGGCCGGGGGCCGGGACGCCAUGUCCAUGGAGGACCCCUUCUUUGUGGUGAAAGGAGAGGUACAGAAAGCAGUCAACACUGCCCAGGGCUUGUUUCAGAGAUGGACAGAGCUCCUCCAGGACCCCUCCACAGCCACCAGGGAGGAAAUCGACUGGACCACCAACGAGCUGAGAAACAACCUCCGGAGCAUAGAGUGGGAUCUCGAGGACCUUGAUGAAACAAUCAGCAUCGUUGAAGCAAAUCCUAGAAAAUUCAACCUCGAUGCAACUGAGCUGAGUAUAAGAAAAGCCUUCAUCACUAGUACCCGGCAAGUUGUCAGGGACAUGAAGGAUCAGAUGUCCACUUCAUCCGUGCAGGCAUUAGCUGAAAGGAAAAACAGACAGACCCUGCUAGGAGAAAGCGGUGGCCAGAGCUGGCGCACAGGGACCGGCAGUAAGUACAGACGCCUGGACCAGGAGCUGCAGUUAGCCAACUCCCACUUCAUCGAGGAGCAGCAGGCCCAGCAGCAGUUGAUUGUGGAGCAGCAGGAUGAGCAGUUGGAGCUGGUCUCUGGCAGCAUCGGGGUGCUGAAGAACAUGUCCCAGCGCAUUGGAGGGGAGCUGGAAGAGCAGGCGGUUAUGCUGGAUGAUUUCGCUCACGAGUUGGAGAGCACGCAGUCUCGUCUGGACAACGUGAUGAAGAAACUUGCAAAAGUGUCUCACAUGACCAGUGCCUAAUGCGUAACCCGUGACACCACAGGGCUCCUCCGGCACCCUCAGACAGACCAGCUGUUAGCCAGCGCCCGCACGCACGGCUGUCUUCCUGCCUGGAUCCGUGCAGCACCCACAGGAGACAGGAGUCGGAACGGAUUCGAUGGCAGGGCGUUUGGUGUCUUGAGUUUGGGCUGUGGCUCCCACUGCCAGGGUCUUGUCUUCCUGACAUGAGUUUGUCACCCACCCUGAAGGCCGCAUUCUUCCAUUGCCACUAAUAAGUGCUCUUCAUUCUUAACAAGCAGGGUUAUCGCAGCAAGCAAGCCUUCUGCAGGUUGUUAACAAGCCUGCCUACAAUCUUCAUACAGCCCAGCAUACACAUUGAAUAAGUACGGGGAGAGGACACCACCCUGACGUACACCUUUCUCGAUCUUAAAGCACCCAGUACCUCCCUGUGCUGUCUGAACAACUAACAGCCGUGCAGUGUCCAGGUUGGGGAAGGUUUCCUCGGCCCAGGCUGCAGAGCCUCAGCCGAGAUGAGAGGCCAUGGUGGAGCUGAAUGCAGGCCCGAUGGGGGAGCCUGAUGCCGCCUCGCAGCCUUGGCCCAGACGCAUUGUUUUCAGCUUCUGUCCAGAGGCAGGGCAGACUUUCAGUUCCAACCUAGGACACACGCCCACUUGAACAAAAUACUUCCCCCAAUAAAGUCUACCCUUGUUUUGUGUGCUGCA